AUGCCACCAAAAAAUCCUCGUUUAUAUGUGGCGAGAACUAAAAACAAGAAUCCGUCUGCCGAACCAGAAUGGGAAUUUGUUAUAGCCUCUUAUUCCACGAAGAAAUUUUGCAAUAAGAUCUGUCUAACCACGAGUCUCUCCCCUGCAACAAAUACCUUUGCUCGAAAUUACCAAAACGUUCCAGUCACCGUCUCACAAACAAGUAACUACGUGGUCAUUGUGUGCGUCGCCAAAAUACAGGAUUACGAACGGUUCUACAACAUAUUGAAAGCACAGUCGACCCCUCAGAAAAUCAAAGCAAUAUCGUCUCGGCUAUGGGUGCAAGGAAUAAUAAAUGCACUCAAUGAAGAUAUCGGUGCUCUUGGGACAAAAGUCACGGACUGGGAGACCGUCGGGCCCAAAACCGUCGACUUUAUGAAGAGAAUGAUCCAAAAGGAAACAGAUUUGACAAGUGGAGGAUCUGUGCCUCUAUGUGAUCUCCUCACAGGUCAUGAAAUACCAUUUCAUAAUCCAUGA